CCGCUGACAUCAUUUUGUAGCGCCAGGUCGAGACAUAAAACAGCUGUUGAUCUUUCAUUCACCACACGGAACUCUAAUAAUUUUUUUAGGAUGGCCCACAUUCAUGUAGACCUUAUGUACUUUUGCUUGAAUAUAGCAUACCUGCCUCUUACUAGCAGCUUAGCACGUAAGUUUAACUCUUUAACCUGACACUUUUCAGAUGAAGCAGUAGAGGGCCCAUACAUGACAACCUCUUUCUCCGUUAUAUUUAUUUAUUUUCUCACUUCACAUAAUACUCCAUCCCCCCAUCCUUUAAUACGUUGGAUACCUACCUAGUACCCCAGGCUUUAUGUUGGACAACAUAGCCUUAACCAUCUCCUUAUACUGGUAGAAAGCCAUGGCGUCCAGAUUUAAAAGCCUUUUAUUACUAGGAGCAGUUGCCGCCAAUGUGCUGGGUCAAGAAACCAUUAGCGAUGAUAGAACCACCGCAACUGGGUCUACACUCAGUAUUAGCGAAGUCCAGACUCCGACAGGCCCCUAUCAAUCGCCAACCACCCAGGUAACAUUGGGAACAGAUAUGGGAUCUAUGGAUAAUGGAGCUACUUCUAUGGCCUCCGACAAUGCUACUUCUAGGUCAACAAUCCAGUCAACGAGCGAAACAGUAACCUUCCUAACCGGCUCCGCUGUAUCGACGACAACCUUGGCCGGAAACUUCUCUUCUAGCUCUACGUCUUCAGCCACACCUCAAGUAACGAAUACGCAGCCGUGUAAUAACUAUCCAGAAUUUUGCAAUCGGAAAUAUAGUAACAUCACCCACGUUGCUUGCCACAACUCCCCUUUCGUCACACCCAACAACCUUGCCGCGAAUCAACAGUACGACGUCACGGCACAGUUGAACGAUGGUGUCCGGUUUAUCCAAGCACAAAUACAGUGGCCGACUGGUGGAAAUGAACCGCACUUUUGUCACACGUCUUGCGAUAUUCUUGAUGCCGGUCCCAUCACUGAUUGGCUUACCCAAGUCAAGAACUGGGUCGCAUCUCAUCCGUACGAUGUUGUCACUGUUCUCUUAGGGAAUGGAAACUAUUCUGUGCCUAGUCUCUAUGUCCCAUACAUAGAACAAACCGGUAUAUUACGUUAUGUCUACACGCCUCCGUAUGCUCCCAUGACUCUAAAUGAUUGGCCUACCUUGAGCGAGAUGGUCUUGAUGGGUAAACGAGUUGUGAUGUUCAUGGAUUAUAUGGCGAACCAAACAGAGUACCCAUGGCUCCUAGACGAGUUCUCGCAGAUGUGGGAAACUCCCUUCGACCCCGUCGACCAGAGCUUCCCCUGUACCGUACAACGCCCACCAGACUUGUCCAGCGACGAUGCCAAGAACAGACUAUAUAUGAUCAACCACAAUCUGAACAUUGAACUUACCAUCCUCGGAGCCGACAUGCUAGUGCCGGCCCGAACGGAGCUAAACGUGACAAACAAUGUCACCGGCUUCGGCAGUCUCGGCGUCUCAGCCAACAACUGCCGCAGCGACUGGGGCCGCGCCCCCAACUUCCUCAACGUCGACUAUUACGAACAAGGAGGUUACGCUGGCUCCGUCUUCGAAGUCGCCGCCCAGAUGAACAACGUCACCUACGACCGCGCCUGCUGCGGUAUGGCCACAAACGGCGCCGAGAAGCUCCUCACCAGCGGAGGUAUAUACUCGUUACUUAUGAUGGCAAUGUUCUGGGCUUUUCUAUAGAUGGUAGUUGGUAGUUGGUAGUAAAAUAAGGUUAAGCGUCUUAUAGUAAGCAUCAAUUCCCUAGGGCAGGUCAUUGCAGCGGCGGUUUGACGGCGUUUUUAUAUAUUUUAUAUUUUUAGAUAAUUUGUUCAUUGAGAUACUAUCUAUAGACGGGGACGUAUACCUACCUACCUAAAUACUCAGCUACGUUAUAUAAGAGGAGACUUCCAAAACAUACAUUGGUUAGAGAAGGUAGUAGAUAUUCUGGAAUCAGUUGGCUCGCGACUUGUGUAAUGCUUUUGCUCUUUCUUCUUUCUUGCCUUUCGGUUUAGACAGCUUGGUAUUAGGGAGGUACCGUAGUGGGAACCCCCUACUCGCGAGAAUCCCUACAAGAUAAAAGAAGAAUCAUUCUUCAGGUUUGAGAUCAUCUCUCUCGGUUUC